AGCGGCGGCGGCGGCGGCGGCGGAGGCAGCAGUCUUAGAAUGAGCAGCAAUAUCCACGCGAACCAUCUCAGCCUAGACGCGUCCUCCUCCUCCUCUUCCUCCUCUUCUUCUUCCUCCUCCUCCUCUUCCUCCUCGUCCUCGGUCCACGAGCCCAAGAUGGAUGCGCUCAUCAUCCCGGUGACCAUGGAGGUGCCGUGCGACAGCCGGGGCCAGCGCAUGUGGUGGGCUUUCCUGGCCUCCUCCAUGGUGACUUUCUUCGGGGGCCUCUUCAUCAUCUUGCUCUGGCGGACGCUCAAGUACCUGUGGACCGUUUGCUGCCACUGCGGGGGCAAGACGAAGGAGGCCCAGAAGAUUAACAAUGGCUCAACCCAGGCGGAUGGCACUCUCAAGCCAGUGGACGAAAAAGAGGAGGCAGUUGCAGCCGAGGUCGGCUGGAUGACCUCUGUGAAGGACUGGGCGGGGGUGAUGAUAUCUGCCCAGACACUGACUGGCAGAGUCCUGGUUGUCUUAGUCUUUGCUCUCAGCAUUGGUGCACUUGUAAUAUACUUCAUAGAUUCGUCAAACCCAAUAGAAUCCUGCCAGAAUUUCUACAAAGAUUUCACAUUACAGAUCGACAUGGCUUUCAACGUGUUCUUCCUUCUCUACUUUGGCUUGCGGUUUAUUGCAGCCAACGAUAAGCUGUGGUUCUGGCUGGAAGUGAACUCUGUGGUAGAUUUCUUCACGGUCCCCCCAGUGUUUGUGUCUGUGUACUUAAACAGAAGUUGGCUUGGUUUGAGAUUUUUAAGAGCUCUCAGACUGAUACAGUUUUCAGAAAUUUUGCAGUUUCUGAAUAUCCUUAAAACAAGUAAUUCCAUCAAGCUGGUGAAUCUGCUCUCCAUAUUUAUCAGCACAUGGCUAACAGCAGCCGGGUUCAUCCAUUUGGUGGAGAAUUCCGGGGACCCAUGGGAAAAUUUCCAAAACAACCAGGCUCUCACAUACUGGGAAUGUGUCUAUUUACUCAUGGUCACCAUGUCCACGGUUGGCUAUGGGGACGUUUACGCAAAAACCACGCUUGGGCGCCUCUUCAUGGUUUUCUUCAUCCUCGGGGGACUGGCCAUGUUUGCCAGCUACGUCCCUGAAAUCAUAGAAUUAAUAGGAAACCGCAAGAAAUACGGGGGCUCCUAUAGUGCGGUUAGUGGAAGAAAGCACAUUGUGGUCUGCGGACACAUCACUCUGGAGAGUGUUUCCAACUUCCUGAAGGACUUCCUGCACAAGGACCGGGACGAUGUCAAUGUGGAGAUCGUCUUUCUUCACAACAUUUCCCCUAACCUGGAGCUUGAGGCUCUGUUCAAACGACAUUUUACUCAGGUGGAAUUUUAUCAGGGUUCAGUCCUCAAUCCACAUGAUCUUGCAAGAGUCAAGAUAGAGUCAGCAGAUGCGUGCCUCAUCCUUGCCAACAAGUACUGCGCUGACCCGGAUGCUGAAGAUGCCUCCAACAUAAUGAGAGUAAUCUCCAUAAAGAACUACCAUCCGAAGAUAAGAAUCAUCACUCAGAUGCUGCAGUAUCACAACAAGGCCCAUCUGCUAAACAUCCCGAGCUGGAAUUGGAAAGAGGGGGAUGAUGCAAUCUGCCUCGCAGAACUGAAGCUGGGGUUCAUAGCCCAGAGCUGCCUGGCUCAAGGCCUCUCCACCAUGCUCGCCAACCUCUUCUCCAUGAGGUCAUUCAUAAAGAUUGAGGAAGACACGUGGCAGAAAUACUACUUGGAAGGAGUCUCCAAUGAAAUGUACACAGAAUAUCUCUCCAGUGCCUUCGUGGGUCUGUCCUUCCCUACUGUUUGUGAGCUGUGUUUUGUGAAGCUUAAGCUCCUGAUGAUAGCCAUUGAGUACAAGUCCGCCAACCGAGAGAGCCGAAGCCGAAAGCGUAUAUUAAUUAAUCCUGGAAACCAUCUUAAGAUCCAAGAAGGUACUUUAGGAUUUUUCAUCGCAAGCGAUGCCAAAGAAGUUAAAAGGGCAUUUUUUUACUGCAAGGCCUGUCAUGAUGACAUCACAGAUCCCAAAAGAAUAAAAAAAUGCGGCUGCAAACGGCUGAUAUAUUCCAAGAUGUCCAUCUACAAGAGAAUGAGACGGGCAUGUUGUUUUGAUUGCGGACGUUCUGAGCGUGACUGCUCGUGCAUGUCAGGCCGUGUGCGUGCUAACAUGGACACCCUUGAGAGAAACUUCCCACUUUCUUCUGUCUCUGUUAAUGAUUGCUCCACCAGUUUCCGUGCCUUUGAAGAUGAACAGCCAUCAACACUGUCCCCCAAAAAAAAGCAGCGGAACGGAGGCAUGCGGAACUCACCGAGCUCCUCGCCCAAGCUGAUGAGGCAUGACCCCUUGUUAAUUCCUGGCAAUGAUCAGAUUGACAACAUGGACUCCAACGUGAAGAAGUACGACUCUACUGGCAUGUUUCACUGGUGUGCACCCAAGGAGAUAGAGAAAGUCAUCCUGACUCGAAGUGAAGCCGCCAUGACUGUCCUGAGUGGCCAUGUCGUAGUCUGCAUCUUUGGUGACGUCAGCUCAGCCCUGAUUGGCCUCCGGAACCUGGUGAUGCCACUCCGUGCCAGCAACUUUCAUUACCACGAGCUCAAGCACAUCGUGUUUGUGGGCUCCAUUGAGUACCUCAAGCGGGAAUGGGAGACGCUUCAUAACUUCCCCAAAGUGUCCAUAUUGCCUGGUACGCCAUUAAGUCGGGCUGAUUUAAGGGCCGUCAACAUCAACCUCUGUGACAUGUGCGUUAUCCUGUCAGCCAAUCAGAAUAAUAUUGAUGAUACUUCGCUGCAGGACAAGGAAUGCAUCUUGGCGUCACUCAACAUCAAAUCUAUGCAGUUUGAUGACAGCAUCGGGGUCUUGCAAGCUAAUUCCCAAGGGUUCACACCUCCAGGAAUGGACAGAUCCUCUCCAGAUAACAGCCCAGUGCACGGGAUGUUACGCCAGCCAUCCAUCACGACUGGGGUCAACAUCCCCAUCAUUACUGAACUAGCUAAACCUGGCAAGUUGCCUUUGGUAUCAGUCAAUCAGGAAAAAAACAGUGGGACGCACAUUCUAAUGAUAACCGAACUGGUGAAUGAUACUAACGUUCAGUUUUUGGACCAAGACGAUGAUGAUGAUCCCGACACAGAAUUGUACCUCACGCAGCCAUUUGCAUGUGGGACGGCAUUUGCAGUCAGUGUUCUGGACUCGCUCAUGAGUGCGACAUACUUCAACGACAAUAUCCUUACCCUGAUCCGGACCCUGGUGACUGGAGGAGCCACUCCAGAGCUCGAGGCUCUGAUUGCUGAGGAGAACGCACUUCGAGGGGGUUACAGCACCCCCCAGACGCUGGCCAAUAGGGACCGCUGCCGAGUGGCCCAGUUAGCGCUGCUGGAUGGGCCCUUUGCGGACUUGGGGGAUGGUGGUUGUUAUGGUGAUCUGUUCUGCAAAGCUCUGAAAACAUAUAAUAUGCUUUGUUUUGGAAUUUACCGGCUGAGAGAUGCUCACCUCAGCACCCCCAGCCAAUGCACGAAGAGGUACGUCAUCACCAACCCCCCGUACGAGUUUGAGCUCGUGCCGACAGACCUGAUCUUCUGCUUGAUGCAGUUUGACCACAACGCCGGCCAGUCCCGGGCCAGCCUCUCCCAUUCCUCCCACUCGUCCCAGUCCUCCAGCAAGAAGAGCUCCUCUGUGCACUCCAUCCCGUCCACGGCAAACCGACAGAACCGACCCAAGUCCCGGGAGUCCCGAGACAAACAGAAUGCAACAAGGAUGAAUAGAAUGGGCCAAGCAGAAAAGAAAUGGUUUACAGAUGAACCGGAUAAUGCCUAUCCCAGAAACAUUCAGAUCAAGCCCAUGAGUACCCACAUGGCUAACCAGAUCAACCAAUAUAAAUCCACAAGCAGCUUGAUUCCACCAAUCAGAGAAGUUGAAGAUGAAUGUUGACUCCCAGGAGACCAGAACUAUUUUUUUAAAGCCUGACAAACUUCAUAAAUGGUGAUGUGACUUUUCUUCCUCUUACAUACUGAAUCACUGGUGGAAAUGUUAGGAUAAAUGAGAAUUGCAAGAAAAAUAAAGUAGACAGAUCUUUCUCUUUGUCUGCCUUGAAUAUUGCUUCCAUGUAUUUUGGAAAAGGAAAUGAUUUCAUUUAUAAAUGAACAUACUAAAAUAGUCAUGUAUAGCCUCUAGCAUUUUAAAUUAUUUUUAUUUAUUAGAAAGAAAAUAUAUUUUUUCUUUUUUUUUUCAUUGUCAAAUAUCUUCCCUAUAUCUAAACAAUGCAAAAUCAACAUGAGUAAGUGGCCAGACUCCUUAAUGCGUAUUUCUCUUCUUUCUCUCUUUUCCUUUGAGGAGAAUGAUGGUCACCACCACAAAUAAUUGUAAGGAAGGGAAAUGGAUUAUUAAAACAAUUUUAAAAUGGUCCAAUGAUGUAAACAUGUACUUCAGUAAAUUCGUAGAAGGAGACAAAAGGGGGAAGGCGAAUUUCCUGGAUGGGUGUGUAUCUUAGCUGCACUGACACCAGCUCUUAAUAAAUGGAAACUUAUUUAUUUUCUCAGUUGAAAGUCAUAUUUUUGUAGUUUUAGUUUUCAUUCUGUAUUGCUCAUCCCUUUGUUCAUAUAUUUAAAGGGAAGACCUUCUUGCAGCUUUUCUACAAUUGCCAGAUCAGGUUUAUCCGGCCAACGAACGAUGCCAGAAAGGUUGUGAGACGCCUGGGACAUAGAAGUUGAGGACCAGAUGCACUCGAGAUAUUGCUCUGUUGUGGUGCAAACGGUGGGGACUCCUCCAUGCUGUUAUGCUUCCUAUUUCCUAUGUCCAAACCACCCACGCAAGUAGAGGAAUUUCAACUCAGGAAGGUUCUGGUGGACUUUUUCCCCACGCCCCAAGUCUCAGAGCUUUUAGCCUGAAAGUUUGUAAACACCAGUGGAUAGUUUCACUUAACAAUGGGAUAUGAUCACACAUUUGUUCUUUUCACUGAGUUUUUGUUUAAAAAGCCAGAAAAAUUUUCACAGUCAAGACUACUUUUGCCCAGAUUUUAUUUUUUCCAGGAUAUCCUUUAGUUGCUGGGACAAAACACACAAACUUGCGGCAACAGUGUAAAACAUAAUAACGACAAAAGGAAAGCAAUGAAUGCACUCAAUACAGACUGUUAGAAAAGGCCUUUGAAAAGGACCAGCAAUGAAUUCAAAUGUCUCAACCACUUCCAACUGUGCUCAAAGAUUUUUCUAGCCAUCAGACACAAUUACCAAGUCUCAGAGCUCUGCCGUGGCUUGCAUGCUCGGUGUCCAGUCGUCCCAGCAACUGUUUACGUUCCACACGAUUGAGCGAAUCUUUCAACUUCAAAAUGAUCGAUCUUUUAUACAGUCAUCAGGGUCUAUGGAGAAGCAUGGACGUGAUAGUGAUUUUUCUUUCCUUAAAAAUGUAAACCGUGGACACUUGAAGAAACCAAACUUACCAAAAUGUCCCUCCAAAGUCCCAUGAUACCUCUUCCAUUAAUUCUUUAGGCCGUGACCCUGUGGUACUUAGGUAAUUAGUGCAAAUCAGAUCAGAGCCAAGCAAUGAAAUCACCAUGGAAACAUAUGUCCACUAAGUACUCCAAUGACCAGUGUAGGCAAAAUGAGCUUCCAUCCCUGUCUACACCCUGCAGAGCCCAUGUAGUCGUGCUUCUGCCUUGUAGGCGCCGUCCUGAAGUGACUUGUCAGACUGUGGUUGCCCUGUUGUCACAUCCCAUAGAAGUAGUUCUAUAAAAGUAUUGUGAAUAUAAUGUAUGUCCAAUUGGAUUGUUUAAAAACCACUUAUAACCAACCACUAGUCUACACAGCAGACUAAAAUGACGUCAGCAGUCUAUAUUCAGGCUUACGAACAUUUCCUGGUUUCCAACAGAAGUAAAACGGGUCUGUGGGGGUGAAUCCCUUGUUUGGGUUCCGCGACGUUCCUGAAAGCUAGGCCUUCUUCUGCAUAAUGGUUUUGCUUUGGGGUCACCUUAGUACGCUCACAUCAAUCCACGCUCUUCUUUCCUUCGUGAACCCUGGUGGACUCUUCUUCACUCCUCUUCCUGAUAACCAUUUCUGAAUUUGUCAUAACUGUUUGGUGUCCUCUGGCAGGCGAUGUGGCUGCCUCCAUGAUCUUCCCUCAGAGGAACACAGUGUCCUGUGCCUCUCGAGCCCAUCUCUCCACACCAAGCCAGUCUGAAAACCCAAGCGUCAACUCCGUGACCAUCAUGGCUAGAGAUUUCAAUCUAAACUCCUUUUCCUUUCGUUUUUUUUUCCUUUGCUUUCCAUUCAAGUAUUGCUGAAAGAAAACUUUUUUUUCCUUUUGACCAAAAUGGCUAAAAUGGUUUCCUAGAGCAAAGGGCUGCCGCCAAAACUAAUUGGCAGGAAUCUGUUUUCUUCUGCGGUAGAGCAGCGAGCUCAUGGUUAGCUUUUGAUAACGAAUUCAGUAACAAUUCAAUAAUAAAUUGCCUGAGACAAAAUAAAAAAAGGGCUUUUUUUUUUUUUGAGGAAGUAUGCAAAAUGCCUGCUUGGUGGCUCUUUUGGCAAAAGCUGGUGCCUGGUAUGUUCAAAGUGACACGAGAACAGAAACAAGAUUGUAAGACCACUGAAGGGCUCAAGGCAAUGCUAGAGCUUCCUCAUUCGUUUCUCUGUGUUGAUCUCUGUGGCUGGGAAGUGGUCGUCUUUCCACCCACUGUGACAGACCCGUCCCUGCUUUUCGGACUAAACUAAGCAUAGACCCAUGAUGAUCAUCAUUGGUACUGUCUGUCUUGUGAGACUAUGGUUUCCCAUCGCGGUUUAGGGUUCUAGAAAAGUCCUUACCCAAACUAAAGACUCCUGGGUGCUUUGGGAAUCAAAGACUCAUCAAGAGGCUAUUUAAGAAAGCAGAAAGCACCCGUUUACAAAGACAUCAUCACCACCAUCAUCUUUCUUAUUAAGAAAACUUUUACUUUCAUCUAAGCAAUUUUAUAUUUCAAAAUAUCCCCUUGAACCAAUAUAAAAGACUUUAAAUAGAAGUGGUGGUGACUGAGGCAUGUUGGGGGACACCCAGAGCUCCUUCCUUUCAAAGGUGGGGCAGUUUAUGAUGUAUUUUGCACAAAACUUAAUUAAAGACUUUAAACAACAGGGGAUUAGAACUAUUUGGUUAGAGUUGGAAAAGGGGGAAACUGAGAUAGCAUAAGAAAAUUGGGAAUUAUUUUCAUGUUGAAAGGUGAAAGAGUGCAACUUCCUUACUUGUGGUUUAAUAUGAGUGUUCAGAAGUUACAUCUGCAAAUAACUAGCUAUGCACUUUGAGAAUGUUCGUGAAACCCUUGGAGUCCCAGGGACCUCAUUUGUAAAUGAGAGUGAUUCACCUAAAUGGCCCUAAGGUGCCUUUCAGGUCUGGGAGGACAUGAGCUAGGUGAGGAGUGGGAGUAUGGGAAUAGCCCUGGGAGGCAAUCUUGUCCUGCGCUGGAAUGAUGGUCCUCUUGCUACAGCACCCAAGCGAUACUCUUUUUUUUUUUUUUUAAAGAUUUUAUUUUUAUUUAUGUGACAGAGAGACAGCCAGU